AUGAGUCAGAAAAGUGGGAAGAGGCCCGUGGACUUAAAUGAUCCACCUCGGCGACCCCAUACCAGUAGCAAUCGGGAAUAUUCAUUUCAAUCGCGACAUGAUUCCGAACGUCACGAUGGGCGACACUCCGCCAACUCUGGCAGUCGACACCGAACAGAAAGCAGAGGAAACCGUUCGGAGCACGAUAAUACGAUUAUCCUCUACGAUCAAUUCACGGGCCUGCCAACCGUGUACCAACCCAUCGACCCGGCUCUUCAACCUCGGAACGCCCCAUUGACGAGCUUGAGGGAGGCACAUGCGCACUUAACGCUAGCUGCUCCACGACCGAGGGAAAAAGAGGAGCACCGUCGGCACCAACGGCGGGAAAAAAGAAAGACUCCGGAGCGGCAUACUAAUGUUCCUCCCCCUAUCGCCCCGCAGAUCGCAGCCGAAGGGCAGGCCGAAGACAAUUCGAAGCUCGGGAAGGCAAAGGCUUCCCCCUUCGUGGAUGCUAUUCAACAAGAGCGGCCGCCAGACAGAUUCGUCAUGCCGAAGCUGAAGCGCUAUGAGGCAAAAGAAGACGCAGUCGCGUUCGUUUGUCGCUUCAGGCAAACCAUGAGCCUCCAUAACUUUUCUGACGCUCUUAUGUGUAAAAUCUUCCCGCUCACUCUCAGUGAACCGAUCAUGUUAUGGUACAAUCAGUUGAAGCCCAAAUCCAUUUCUUGCUUUAACGAGCUAGAAUUGGAGUUUAGCAAACGCUUCGUCACCAGCAACAUUCAACCGAAGACAUUAUCGAUGCUGGUGAACAUGCGAAGAACGGCGGGAGAAACACUGCGACUCUAUACCGAGCGUUACUGGGAAGUCUAUAACCUUAUUCCCGACUGUGAUCAAGGGGUAGCAGCCGAGUCUUUCAUGAAUGGAUUGGACCCAACCUCGGCAAUGUUUCGUGACGUCUCACGAAAUCCACCUAAGACAAUGGGGGAGCUCAUGACAAUAAUCGAGAAAGAUUGCGUUCACGAAGAAGCAAUGGCCGAGCGACAUACAUCAAAGGCUGAACCUGCCAAAACGAUAGGGCCGAAGAAGCAGUGGAUCGACGUUCGGCAAAAUCCACUUCCUCCACCUCCCCCUCUUGUUGGCAAUCUCGUAAGCGUGAUACAAGGGCUAGUAUCCGAAGGAAGGGCGGCCGAACUUCGUUCAGAAAUUGACAGGGCUGUCGCCUCUACGUCAGUCUGCAACGUGGGAGCUUCGGGAAAGCGAAAAUGGGAAGAUCCGAGCUUCGGCGGUACCAUAACUUUUUCUUCCGACGACUUAAAAGGAGUGCAACUUCCACAUGCAGAUGCCCUCGUCGUCACUAUUGCCAUUGAAAAAUCAACCGUACAACGGGUAUUGAUAGAUCAGGGAAGCUCGGCCGAUGUCAUGUUUUUCUCUACUUAUCAGAGCCUCGGAUUAUCUCCCGCUCAACUUCGGACAGCGUCAGCUCCCCUUGUCAGUUUUAUGGGAGCCCCGGUUUGGCCACUCGGCCUGACUACCCUCCCUGUGCGAGCUGGAUCACGCAUCCUGGAGAUCGAAUUUGUGGUGGUCGCUUCGCCAAGUCCGUACAACGUCAUUCUUGGCCGAACCUGGCUACACGAAAUGCAAGCGGUUGCUUCAACAUAUCACCAGGUGGUCAAAUUCGUCGGAUGGAACGGACGACAGGAAAGCCUGCGAGGCGAUCAAAUCCAAUCCAAGAAAUGCUACAUCAGCACUGUAACGAACAAACAGAGCUGCAUGGAGGUACAAUGCGUGGCUGCCGCUCCUAUCCCAGUGAUUGAGGAUGUUGGUGUACUUGCCGAACAACGGUCAGCCGAGGAGCUAAUACGUUUUUCCAUUCCUGGGGAAGAAGGAAGAUAUUUUUUGAUCGGGAGUUCAUUGAGCAUGGACGAACGUGAGGAGAUGUAUCAAUUCCUGAUGAGAAACAUAGAGGUCUUUGCUUGGACACCACAAGACAUGUCGGGCGUGGACCCUUCGUUCGCCAUGCACUCAUUGAAUGUAGAUCCGAAUAGGCGACCGGUUGUGCAAAAAGUCCGACGCUCGUCGGCCGCACACACCGAAGCUGUGAUAGCAGAGGUGAAUCAACUGUUGGAAGCUGGCGUCAUUCGGGAAGUGCUAUACCCCACCUGGCUUGCCAACCCAGUGGUAGUCCCGAAGAAAAAUGGGAAACUAAGGGUCUGUGUCGAUUACACGAACCUCAAUGACGCCUGCCCCAUGGAUCGAUUUCCACUUCCUCGGAUUGAGCAGAUGGUAGACGCAACGGCAGGAUGCGAGCGCUUAAGCUUCAGGGACGCGUAUCGGGGCUACCAUCAAAUCGCUCUGGAUCCGGAAGAUCAGGAAAAAAUGGCUUUCAUCUCGCCUCGGGGAACCUUCUGCUACAAGGUUGUCCCGUUCGGCUUGAAGAAUGCAGGCGCCACUUUCCAACGCUCCAUCACGAAGAUGUUUCCUGGCAUGCUCGGCGUAAAAGUAGAAGCUUAUAUUGACGAUUUGGUUUGCAGGAGCAUGUUCGCUCGGGACCACCUUCGAGAUCUGGGAGAGGUCUUUGCUGUUCUAAAACAUAGGAAGCUACGUCUCAAUGCCGAGAAGUGUGCGUUCGGCGUUAGCUCGGGGAAAUUCCUAGGAUACAUGGUGAGUCGCCGAGGAAUUGAAGCUGAUCCUACCCAAAUUUUGGCUGUGCAGCGGCUACGAGCUCCAAGGACAAUUAAAGAGGUACAGCGGCUCACGGGGAUGGUUGCUGCCUUGAACCGUUUCAUUCGACGUUCGAGCGAUCUCUGCCGCCCGUUCUUCCGAGCAAUCACAACAAGCCGACGCAGGUUUGUAUGGAUAGAGGAAUGCGAGCAAGCUCUGCAAUCUUUAAAGCGAUACCUAUCUCACGCUCCUUUGCUCGUCAAGCCCCUGCCCGAUGAAGAUCUCUAUCUUUACCUUGCCAUUUCCGACCAUGCAACGAGCGCGGUUCUUGUUCGGAGAGAGGGGAUGGACCAUCAACCGAUCUUCUAUUCCACUGUUCUUUGGAAAACGGACACGUCGAGCCGAAUCCUGAAAUUCUCUCAAGACUUGGCCAACUUCGACAUCCAAUUCGAGCCUCGGACAGCUAUCAAAGGGCAAGUCUUGGCCGACUUCUUUGCCGAACUCACUCCCGGCUUACAAGACGAGGCCAAUGCCCUGGCAACUACUGCUGAUGAAGCUCGGAUUCAAGAAGAAGAAGUUUUGGAAGGGCCGUCCGUCUGUCAAACCGAACCACUCCGUGCUCGGUAUUCCUUCGGACGCAAAAAACCCAAACGACAAUGGAAGCUCUUCUCCGGCGACGCUUGGCGACUGACCGUCGAUGGAGCUUCUAAUGUUCAUGGAGCUGGUGCAGGCAUCGUCCUUGUCUCACCCAGCGGGACUGUUCAUGAAAGCGUGGUUUCAAUUGGGUACACGGCGACGAACAACGAGGCGGAAUAUGAAGCUCUAAUUGCAGGCCUCCAACUUGCUCUUCGGCUGGAUGCGGAUUCGGUUCAUGUCUUUUGUGACUCUCAGCUCAUUGUGGGGCAUUUAAACGACGAUUAUCAAGCCAAAGAUCAACGUAUGAAUGCUUACGUGAGCCACGUCUUAGCUUUGUUCGGAAGAUUUGGACGCGUAGAAGUGGAGUGGAUCGCUCGGGAGCAUAACGCCCAUGCUGACGCCCUUGCAGGUCUUGCUUCAGUUUACAAGACCUCGGGUAGUCGCACCAUCACCUUUGACGAGGUCCCCAAACCGAGCUUCGAAAAGCCGUCUGAACAGGUUAUGGCCAUCGCCCUCGGCCCAAGCCAGCUGGAUUCUGUGGUUGCUUACCUGAAGAAUCAAGUGCUACCGACGAACAAGCGCGAAGCGUACAAAAUCCGUUGCCGAGCCGCCAAUUUUUUCUUGGGACCGAAUGACAAUCUCUACCGACGGACUUUCACUGGCCCCGAUCUGCAUGUCGUCCACGACGACCUUGUGCCAGCCGUUUUGGAGGAACUUCAUUCGGGUAGCUGUGGGGCUCACUCAGGAGGACGGUCCCUUGCACAGCGUGCCCUGACACAAGGCUAUUGGUGGCCGAAGAUGGUCAAACAAUCCGAAGAAUACGUAAAGCUCUGUGUUCGGUGUCAAAAGCAAGCAUCUCUCAUCCACCAACCUGCAUUCCCCCUUAAAAUGAUCACCAAUUUGUUCACCAAGUGGGUAGAAGCUUCCCCCAUGAUCAAGACCACCGCCGGGGACGUGGAACGCUUUAUUUGGAAGCACAUUAUCUCCAGGUUCGGCGUACCGUACGCCAUCCUUUCUGAUAAUGGCUCCCAAUUUGUUGCCUCCGCUCUCAAAGCUUUUUAUGCGAAGCGCCACAUUACCAUCCAAAAUUCCUCGGUGGCAUAUCCUCAAGGUAAUGGACAAGCCGAAGCAUCGAACAAGACAAUCACUCGGGGGCUGAAGCGCCGUCUGGAUCGGAAGCUCGGUAAGUGGGUGGAAGAGCUUCCACACGUCUUGUGGGCCUAUCGAACAACACCUCGGCGGUCCACCGGCCGUACUCCGUUCGCUAUGGCCUACGGUAUGGAGGCUGUCCUCCCUUUAUCUACUAUGAUCCCUACAGUUCGGACGGAGAAUUUUAACCCUAUCGACAACAGUGCUCUUGUGGGUACCGAGUUAGAUUUAGCCAAAGAACUACGUGACAAUGCUAACCUUCGGCACGCCGCGUACCAGCAAGAAGUUGCAAGGGGCUACAACCGCAAUGUUCGUGCUCGACCAUUCAACGUCGGGGAUUUAGUCCUUCGGAUGGUUACCGAAGCGACAAAGUUGACCAAGCUGAAGGAUCCCUAUGAAGGCCCUUACCGAGUGGUGGAGAAGAUCGGGCACGGUGUUUAUAAGCUUGCUGAGAUGGAUGGAACGCCAAUCGCCAAUCCGUGGAAUGCUCAAAAACUGAGAAAAUUCCAUGGCUAG